CGCCGCAGUUUCACAAGAAACCGGCAGCAGUUCCAGUUCCUCAGUCCACCGCAAGUUGCACAGCCCCAAAUCUCAAUCUUUGGCAAAACCCUCGCCUCCUCUCCCCCAUUCUCUCGUGAGAUUCCCCUCAUCAGAUCGAGAGCUGCACAGCAGUGUUCCGCAUUCGGAUCGAGCAGCCGGAGGACCAACCAUGGCGGCGACGCACCACCCGGCCUCCCCGACCGGCGCCGGCGCCGGCGGCAAGUCCCCGUCCUCCUCUCCCUCGCCGCCGCCGGCCGUGCGCCUGGCGGCGUCGCAGGCGGCGGCCGUCGCGGCGAUCCAGCCCAGCUCGCCGCGCUACUUCUUCUCCUCCCUCGCGGCCUCCUCCUCGCCGCACCGCCGCAUCGCCAUCGCCGUCGACCUGUCCGACGAGUCCGCCUUCGCCGUCAAGUGGGCCGUGCAGAACUACCUGCGCCCGGGCGACGCCGUCGUGCUCCUGCACGUGCGCCCCACCUCCGUGCUCUACGGCGCCGACUGGGGCUCCAUCCCCGUCUCCGUCGACGACGGCGACGGGGAGGGGGGAGGAGGAGGCGCGGCGCCGGCGUCCGGGGACCUGGAGGAGGACGCGCGCAAGAAGCGGGAGGAGGACUUCGACGCCUUCACCUCCACCAAGUCGCAGGACCUGGCGCAGCCGCUCGUCGCCGCGCAGAUCCCCUUCAAGAUCCACAUCGUCAAGGACCACGACAUGAAGGAGCGCCUCUGCCUCGAGGCCGAGCGCCUCGGCCUCUCCGCCAUGAUCAUGGGCAGCCGCGGCUUCGGCGCCUCUCGCAGGGCAGGUAACGGCAGGCUCGGGAGUGUCAGCGACUACUGCGUGCACCACUGCGUCUGCCCCGUGGUGGUUGUCAGGUACCCUGAUGACGCCGGGGCUGCGGGCGGUGCCGAGUCUGUGGGGGAUGAGCUGCGGACGGUGCCUGAGAACGAGGUGGUGUUCCAUGAGGCGCCAGAGGGGCAGAAAGAAAACUGAGGAGGUAAUAGCAAGCACCAAGCAGCCAGAUUACAAGGAGAGAGAGCAAGUCUUGCUUGAUGCCAAACCCCUCUGUAAGCUGUAACUGAGUGGUCUUUCCACUCUGCUUUGCAAUUUGAGUUUGUAUCAGACGUGUGGUAGAUCAUGGACCAGUCCUUGCUGUUUCGCUUCCUGAGAAUUGGAAUGAGAAUAAUGUAAUUCUGCAUAUGGUAGCUGUUAACCUGUUGUGUGAACGUUUUUUGCCUA